AUGUCGGGACACCCACAGCAGGGUCAUUACGAUGAAGGCUACGGCCAACAUCAACAAGGAAAUACGGAUUCCUAUUACCAAGAUGAGCAAGGCCAAGGCUACUAUGAUCAACACGGAGCAGGCUACGCUGAGCCGGGCCACCACCAAGGAGCGGAUGGAUAUUACGACGAAUCCGGAUACUAUAAUGCGGACGCCAACAAUCCAUACCAACAUGAAGGAGGCUACUACGAGGGCCAGGAGCACGGCGGUCAAUACCAAGACGAGUACUACAAUGAUCAGUACUACGAGCAGGGAGCGCCCGCUGCUGGUCAGCAACCGCAAGGCCAAAACUACCCCAAGCAGCGCCGCGGCGAUUCUGAGGAGGAUUCAGAGACGUUUAGCGAUUUUACCAUGAGAUCAGACAUGGCCAGAGCUGCCGACAUGGAUUACUACGGUCGAGGCGAUGAGCGAUACAACAGCUACAACGAGAGCCAGAUGGGUGGACGAGGAUACCGUCCUCCGUCGUCUCAAAUCUCAUACGGCGGAAAUCGAUCGUCUGGAGCCUCCACGCCAAACUAUGGAAUGGACUACAACAACGUUCUGCCUGCCGGACAACGCUCCCGUGAGCCAUACCCAGCCUGGACAUCUGAUGCUCAGAUCCCUCUUUCCAAGGAGGAAGUUGAGGACAUUUUCUUGGAUCUGACAGCCAAGUUUGGUUUCCAGCGUGACAGCAUGCGAAACAUGUACGACCAUAUGAUGACUCUCCUUGACUCUCGAGCUUCUCGUAUGACACCAAACCAAGCACUUCUGUCUUUGCACGCAGAUUACAUUGGAGGUGACAACGCCAAUUACCGAAAGUGGUAUUUUGCUGCUCACUUGGAUCUGGAUGAUGCUGUUGGAUUUGCCAACAUGAAAUUGGGCAAAGGCAAUCGACGAACCCGCAAGGCUCGCAGAGCUGCCAAGAAGAAGGCUCAGAUGGAUCCUCAAAAUGAGCAACAAACUCUGGAGCAAUUGGAGGGCGACAACAGUCUUGAGGCUGCCGAAUACAGAUGGAAGACUCGGAUGAACCGCAUGUCUCAACAUGACCGUGUCCGUCAAAUCGCUCUCUACCUUCUCUGCUGGGGUGAAGCCAAUCAAGUUCGUUUCAUGCCCGAGUGUCUCUGCUUCAUUUUCAAGUGUGCAGACGAUUACCUCAACUCCCCAGCUUGCCAAAACCUGGUAGAGCCAGUUGAUGAGUUCACCUACCUCAACAACGUCAUCACUCCUCUGUAUCAAUACUGCAGAGACCAAGGUUACGAGAUUCAGGACGGCAAGUACGUUCGUCGUGAGCGUGACCACAACAAGAUCAUUGGUUACGAUGAUUGCAACCAGCUGUUCUGGUACCCUGAAGGUAUCGAGUUGAUCGUCAUGGACGACAAGACUCGACUUGUUGAUUUCCCACCGCCCGAGCGUUUCCUCAAGCUCAAGGAUGUUAACUGGAAUAAGGUUUUCUUCAAGACAUACAAGGAGACUAGAUCUUGGUUCCACAUGCUGGUCAACUUCAACCGCAUUUGGGUCAUCCACAUCACCGCCUUCUGGUUCUAUACCGCGAAGAACUCCCCAACUCUUUUGGUCAAGAAUUACGAGCAACAAGUUAAUAACCAACCUCCUGCAUCUGCACAAUGGUCAGCUGUUGCACUUGGUGGUGCUGUUGCCUGUCUUAUUAUGAUUGGUGCCACCAUCGCAGAGUGGACUUACGUUCCUCGACGAUGGGCCGGAGCUCAACAUCUGACAAGACGACUUUUCUUCCUCAUCGGUAUGCUGGUUCUCAACGCAGGCCCCAGUGUCUAUAUUUUCUUCGUUAAAGACACACAAGAAACCAAACUUGCGUUGAUCCUCGGCAUCGUACAAUUCUUCAUUGCCUUGUUCUCGUUCUUCUUCUUCGCUGUCAUGCCUCUGGGUGGACUGUUUGGAAGCUACUUGACAAAGAACUCGAGACAAUAUGUUGCCAGUCAAACUUUCACGGCCAGCUACCCAAGACUUACCGGGAAUGACAUGUGGAUGUCAUACGGUCUGUGGGUGUGUGUAUUCGCGGCCAAGCUUGUCGAAUCAUACUUCUUCUUGACCCUGUCUUUCAGAGAUCCCAUCAGAUAUCUAGCGUCGAUGAAGAUUGAGCACUGCAUCGGUGACAAAAUUAUCGGAACAACGCUUUGCUUCCAGCAACCGAAGAUUCUCUUGGGUUUGAUGUUCGUCACCGAUCUGUGCCUCUUCUUCUUGGACACGUUCUUGUGGUACAUUAUCAUGAACACUAUCUACUCCGUGGCACGCUCUUUCUACCUCGGUGUUUCGAUCUGGACUCCAUGGAGAAACAUUUUCUCUCGCCUUCCCAAGCGUAUCUACUCAAAGGUGCUUGCGACUACUGACAUGGAGAUCAAGUACAAGCCAAAGGUCUUGAUCUCUCAAAUCUGGAACGCCAUUGUUAUCUCCAUGUACCGUGAGCAUCUUCUUGCUAUCGACCAUGUGCAGAAGUUGCUCUACCACCAAGUACCCUCUGAACAAGAAGGAAAGAGAACCUUGAGAGCCCCAACGUUCUUUGUCUCGCAAGAAGAUCACUCUUUUAAGACCGAAUUCUUUCCCAGCCAAAGCGAGGCUGAGCGUCGUAUUUCGUUCUUCGCACAGUCUCUUUCUACGCCAAUUCCUGAGCCUCUCCCUGUUGACAACAUGCCGACUUUCACUGUCCUGAUUCCCCACUACAGCGAAAAGAUUCUUCUUUCCUUGCGUGAGAUUAUUCGAGAGGACGAACCAUACUCUCGUGUUACUCUCUUGGAGUACCUCAAGCAGCUUCAUCCGCAUGAAUGGGAUUGCUUCGUCAAGGAUACUAAGAUUCUGGCUGAUGAGACCUCUCAAUUCAACGGCGACUAUGAGAAGAGCGAGAAGGACACAGCCAAGAGCAAGAUUGAUGAUCUUCCCUUUUACUGCAUUGGUUUCAAGUCUGCGGCCCCUGAGUACACUCUCAGAACUCGUAUCUGGGCAUCUCUGCGUUCGCAAACCCUCUACCGUACCAUCUCUGGCUUCAUGAAUUACAGCCGUGCCAUCAAGCUCCUUUAUCGCGUAGAAAACCCAGAAGUCGUUCAAAUGUUCGGCGGCAACUCUGACAAACUUGAACGUGAAUUGGAACGCAUGGCUCGCCGCAAGUUCAAGCUGGUUGUUUCCAUGCAACGAUAUGCCAAGUUCAAGAAAGAGGAAAUGGAAAACACCGAGUUCCUCCUCCGUGCUUAUCCCGAUCUUCAAAUCGCAUACCUUGACGAGGAAGCACCAUUGGUUGAAGGCGAGGAGCCCCGUCUCUAUUCUGCUCUCAUUGAUGGCCACUCGGAAAUUAUGGAGAACGGCAUGCGUCGACCAAAGUUCCGUAUUCAACUCUCUGGCAACCCAAUUCUUGGUGACGGAAAGUCUGACAAUCAAAACCAUGCCAUCAUCUUCUACCGUGGUGAAUACAUCCAACUUAUCGAUGCCAACCAGGACAAUUAUCUCGAAGAAUGUCUCAAGAUUCGAAGCGUUCUUGCUGAAUUCGAUGAGAUGACCACUGACAACGUUUCGCCUUAUACUCCUGGUGUCGACAACCCCAAAACCGAUCCUGUUGCCAUUCUCGGUGCUCGUGAAUACAUUUUCUCCGAGAACAUUGGUAUCCUUGGAGAUGUUGCCGCUGGAAAGGAACAGACAUUCGGUACCCUCUUCGCCCGUACUCUUGCAUCCAUUGGUGGUAAACUCCAUUACGGACAUCCUGAUUUCCUCAAUGGUAUCUUUAUGACCACACGUGGAGGUGUAUCGAAGGCUCAGAAGGGUCUGCAUCUUAACGAAGAUAUCUACGCCGGUAUGACUGCACUCCUCCGUGGUGGUCGCAUCAAGCAUUGCGAGUACUAUCAGUGCGGCAAGGGUCGUGAUUUGGGUUUUGGCUCUAUUCUCAAUUUCACCACCAAGAUUGGAACUGGUAUGGGUGAGCAAAUGCUCUCUCGUGAAUACUACUACCUAGGAACUCAAUUGCCGUUGGAUCGUUUCUUAUCCUUCUACUACGCUCAUCCAGGUUUCCAUUUGAACAACAUGUUCAUCAUGGUGUCUGUGCAGAUGUUCAUGAUCUGUCUCAUCAACUUGGGAGCCCUUCGAAACCAAACGAUCUUGUGCGACUACAAUGUCAACGUUCCUAUCACCGAUCCUCUCUUCCCCACUGGCUGCGCAAACAUCACACCUGUUCUGAGCUGGGUCUACCGUUGCAUCAUCUCCAUUUUCAUCGUGUUCUUUAUUUCCUUCGUGCCUUUGGUCAUUCAGGAAUUGACAGAGCGUGGGUUCUGGCGUGCUGCUACUCGUCUCGGCAAGCAAUUCUGCUCGUUGUCUCCCUUCUUCGAGGUCUUCGUCUGCCAGAUCUACGCAAACGCUGUUCAACAGGAUUUGUCGUUCGGUGGUGCAAGAUAUAUCGGUACUGGACGUGGUUUUGCCACUGCCCGCAUUCCAUUCGGUGUUCUCUACUCUCGAUUCGCCGGUCCAUCCAUCUAUCUUGGUGCCCGCUCAUUGAUGAUGCUUCUCUUCGCUACGCUCACUGUCUGGCAACCAGCUUUGAUCUACUUCUGGGUCACUCUUCUUGCUAUGUGCGCUUCUCCAUUCAUCUACAACCCACAUCAAUUUGCAUGGAACGACUUCUUCAUCGACUACCGUGACUUCCUUAGGUGGUUGUCCAGAGGUAACUCACGCUCGCAUUCCUCGUCUUGGAUCGCUUUCUGUCGCUUGUCUCGAACUAGAAUUACUGGUUACAAGCGCAAGGCUCUCGGAGAUCCGUCUUCCAAGAUGUCUGGAGAUGUUCCUCGAGCAGCUUUCACCAACUUGUUCUUUGGAGAGAUCAUCGGUCCCCUUCUGGUAGUCGCUGUCACCUUGAUUCCCUACCUCUUCAUCAACUCCCAGGUCGGUGUCGUCCAGGACAACAACGGAGACAAGGAGCUCUAUGCGACCAACGCCCUUAUCCGUGUUGCUAUCGUGGCAUUUGCCCCCAUUGGUAUCAACGCAGGCGUUCUUGCAGCUAUGUUCGGAAUGGCUUGUUGUAUGGGCCCGCUUCUGAGUAUGUGCUGCAAGAAAUUCGGCUCUGUUCUUGCAGCUAUUGCCCACGGUAUUGCUGUUGUCAUGCUCCUGGUCCUGUUCGAAGUCAUGUUCUUCUUGGAGGGCUUCGUGUUCGCUAAAGCUCUUUUGGGAAUGAUCGCUGCCACUGCCAUUCAACGAUUCAUCUACAAACUCAUCAUUGCUCUCGCAUUGACCAGAGAAUUCAAGAGCGAUACUUCCAACAUUGCCUUCUGGACUGGUAAAUGGUACUCAAUGGGAUGGCACACAAUGUCUCAACCAGCAAGAGAAUUCCUUUGCAAGAUUACAGAGCUUGGCAUGUUCGCUGGCGACUUUGUUCUUGGCCAUGUCCUUCUCUUCAUCAUGCUUCCUGUCAUUGCCAUCCCUCAUGUCGAUAAAGCACAUUCCGUCAUGCUGUUCUGGCUUCGUCCCAGUCGACAAAUUCGUCCCCCAAUUUAUUCCAUGAAGCAAUCCAAGCUCCGAAAGAGACGUGUCUUCCGAUAUGCCGCGCUCUACUUCCUCAUGUUUGUUGUUGCUCUUGCUCUUCUGGUCGGUCCUAUUGUCGCAGGUUCUCAGAUUCUCUCUGGAGCCAGCAGUCUCACUGACAAGCCUUCCGGAACGUUCUACCUGUUCCAACCUACUGGUUUGAACAACAACGACACUCUUGGGAGGAACCAGACUGGUACUGGCGCUCUCAGCACUGGUGCCGCCUCAACGGCCAGUGCGACCGCCAAGAUUAGACUAAAGUUAAAACAUACAAACCCGCAUCAUCCAGACGAACUUCAAACUCCCUCCUUUCCGCGCACCCCUAUUAUGUCGUUCUUCAACACCUCAAUCGAGAACAUGGAGUUCCAAGAAGCGCAAAAGUUCGUCGUGCGAUCCGUCAACGAGAUCACGAGCACGUUCCAAAAGGUUCCCGGCUCGGCCAUGCUCAUCCGCUACAUUCGCUCGAGCUACCAGGACGAUCCGGUGCGCAGCGCCAUCGAGCUCGUGCUGGUUAUUUUCUUUAUCCGGUAUCUGUUAAGUCCGAGUUAUUCGACGAAGAAUGGAAAUUUUGUUAAGUUGACCGAGGAGGAGAUUGAUGAUUUGGUGGAUGAGUGGCAGCCGGAGCCUUUGGUUGCGCCCGAGACGGCGUUCGAGGAGGCUCAGCAUGAGAAGUUGCCUGUCAUUGUUGGACCGACUGGACCGCGAGUCAAGCUCUCGAACGGCAGAACCGUUACCAACCUCGCGUCCUACAAUUUCUAUAACUUCGUCGGCAACGACCAGGUCAAGGAAAAGGCGAUCCAGACUCUGCGGACUUAUGGCGUGGGACCGUGUGGUCCUCCUCAAUUUUAUGGUACCCAGGAUGUUCACAUGAAGACUGAGGCGGAUAUUGCGUCUUGUCUGGGCACGGAAGGGUGUAUUGUCUAUGCCCAAGCGUUUUCGACGAUUUCUAGCGUUAUUCCGGCUUUUUGCAAGAGAGGUGAUAUCAUUGUCGCUGAUCGUGCGGUCAAUUAUGCUAUAAGGAAGGGGUUACAGAUCUGCAGAAGUACGAUUCGUUACUAUGAGCAUAACAAUAUGGAGGAUUUGGAGAGGGUUUUGCAGAAGGUUGUUAAGGACCAAGCCAAGAAGCCAUUGACAAGGAGAUUCAUUGUUACGGAGGGAUUGUUUGAAACGGUUGGGGACUGUGUUGAUCUGCCCAAGCUGGUCGAACUCAAGCUCCGCUACAAAUUCCGCCUCAUGCUCGACGAAACAUGGUCCUUCGGCGUCCUCGGCAGGACAGGUCGCGGUCUCACAGAAGCCCAGAACGUAGACGCCUCUCAAGUCGAUAUGCUCGUCGGUUCUCUCGCUGGCCCUCUGUGCGCUGGUGGUGGUUUCUGUGCCGGUUCUACAGAUGUAGUCGAGCAUCAACGUAUCUCUGCUGCUUCGUAUACCUUCUCUGCCGCUUUACCUGCUAUGCUUGCUACGACUGCUAGCGAGACGCUUAACAUGCUUCAGACUACGCCUGAGAUUUUGGUUCAGUGCAGAGAGAACAUCAAGGCGAUGCGAGCUCAGCUUGAUCCUAGGAGUGAUUGGGUGCAUUGCACCAGCUCGCUAGAGAACCCAAUCAUGCUUCUCGUUCUCAAGAAAGAUGUUGUGAACUCGAGACGUCUUAGUCUAGCAGAGCAGGAAGUUGUAUUGCAAGAAUGCGUAGACGAGACACUAGCAAACGGCGUCCUCAUCACACGCCUAAAAUCCAUGCCCGUAGCAUCCGGCAGCAACGGCAAAGACGACAAUGAGUGGAAACUGCAGCCGGCGCUGAAAGUAUGCAUCACGACAGGGCUCUCGAAGAAGGAGAUUGAGAAGGCGGGUGUUAUUAUUAGACAUGCCAUUACGAAGGUUUUGACCAGGAAGACGAGCCAGAAGUUGGCGUUGCCGGUGGUUUCGUAG